CGCUGCCCCACAUUGCCCCACAUUCCGCUUGCUCUCUCCUGAACAAGCCCCUGUUCUUUCGGAGUUUGUAAAGAUGUCGAGGCUGCUGGGAGGUGUCUUCUGCAUCAUUGAGAUAUUCCACAAAUAUGCCGGUGAGGAUGGCAACGACCAGGCAACACUGACCCGCACAGAGCUGAGACAGCUCCUUGAGGGAGAAAUUGGGGACUUCCUUCAGCCACAUGUCUUUCAGGCUUUGCAGAGAAAGUUGAACCUGCUGGAUUUUGACAGAGAUGGUACCAUCAGUUUUGAGGAAUUUCUUCUUGCAAUCUUCAGCUUAUUGAACCCUUCUUAUUUUGACAUAUCAUUACUAAAUUCAGAACCAAGACUGAUGUCUAAAUCAGACAAGAUGGAUGCUGUGGAUUUUGGGGCAAUCGCUGGAAGCACUCAGCAGGUAGUAGGGGUUGGGCCAACUCAAGAAAGGCUCAUAUUUCCAUCAGAAAUGGCAUCAUCAGGUCAGCCCAGCAAUGAAGAAGGUGAGGUAGGUGAUGAGCCCAUGGUGAGCCCAUGUGAAGACCUUAAGACCCACAGCCUGCCAAGAAAUGUGUCUGAGCCAAAUGACCCUGAGAACCAACAGCCAAAAGGAGAUGCUCAGGGAGUCACACAAAAUACACCAGCAACAGAAUAUGAUGGAGUCCCACUUAAGAGAAAUACAGCAGUAGAAGUACCCAAACAGAACACCAGUCCAACACAGGAGAUCCCAAGAGAAAGGAGGCAAAGUGACACCAAGAUAAGUGACCAUAUGAUACCGAGGCCAACUGAAGACGAGGGAUGUGCUUCUACAACACAAGAUCCAUUCCUGCAGGAAGAAGAAAAAGCUGCUGAGUCAGCACACACUGAUUUGCCAGUAGUAGGUGCUACCGAGAAAUCAUCUCAAACACAGGAAUUUUUUGAGCCUACGGAUGAUACUAGACUAUCUGAGACUCAAGAAACUGGAAAGGAUGCUGACAAAAUAUCACCCGAAACCACAAAUUUAGAGGAUCCCAAGGCUGACGGUAGAGCAUCUGAGAGCCACGGGUUGCCAGCACAAGAAAGAGAACAUGAAACAAGGGACAAGUCUGUCAAAAGCCAGAGCAGAAAUGUUUCAGAAACAUCUAGUAGAGGUGAAUGGGAGGAGGAGUGGAAAGAACAUGAAAGAAUAAACAGAUCCACAUCACCAGAAGCUGAAACACAGGAUGAGAAGUAUCAAGAAUUCCCAGGAUCGUGGAGGGAAAACGAUGCCAAAAAGGGCUCUGCCGUGCAAGAUCCAAGCUCUGAAGAAGGAAAUCAGAAUCUCCCUGAAAUUAAGGAAGAAUCUGUCUUAGGAGAAGAGGCAAGACACAGCGAGGAAGAUAGAGUAGAGGCGUUUGCAAUCAACAAAAACAGCCCUGCAGCUGAAGAGACACUGGGAACAAGAGAAAAGUCCGAAGUGCUGGCACCACUUGAGAAGCAAUCUCAAGGAAAAAAGCAAAGGGCUCAUGACAAGCCAGUCAGGAAGGAGGACUACAAUGAGGGAGAAGAUCCUGAGUUAUCAGUUACACCAAGUGAUGAGGGCUUUUGUGAAACUCCCAACAGCCUGGCUCCGGAGGUAGGUAAGAGCAGCUCAGAGAUAGCUGAGCCACGUGUACCAGGGGAUUCACAGGGUCAGGUAGACCACCACGGAGAUGCUAAGCAAGAAAGUCACAAUAACAACCCAGAUGCCCAGAAGCAGGGAGCGGCAGGUGAGAGCAGCAGAGAGCGGGAGGAGAUAGUGCGGUCAAUCCAAGAAGAUGGGCACUUCCCAGAGGAACGGGAACAGUCUGCCAGAGAGAAGCGUGAUGGUCUCAGCUCAAGGACCAACGGAGGUCCAGGGGCAGCUGUGGAGCCUGGUGAAGGAGGGGAGGUACAGGAGGCUACAGCAGGGAGUGAAAACAGAAAAUCCCUAGAGGCAGAGGGUUCAGAGGCCCCGUGAGUCUACUGAAUGUUGAUCUACUUGGCUUGCUGGGGACUUUGGAUUAAAGUUGAAAAUUAAAUAACCCGAUGAUC